AUGAGUGACGCGCAACUUGGACUGCAGCAACGGGGAUCGGUCCGGGAGAACAAGCAUCGCGUGCAAAGCGUGUCGGCGGAGAAAGUCAAAGCUUGGAAAGAAAAGUUGGGCGCGUUGGGGGAUGUGAUGAUUUCGAUUGUACACACGUCGGUGCCCAAGAGUCCCUCCUCACACCACUUCUCCUUGCCUGUUGUGGAGUGGCCCGCGAACUACGACGACCCCUUCCUCAAAGAUAUUUUCGACCACCCCGGUGACUAUGGCGCUCUUCAACUCGUGCCCCUCAUCAAGCUGUUGGAAUCAUAUCGCUUGAUCGACGACGCACUGGAGCAUACUCGUGAGCAGGCGGUGAACGCUGUCGUGUGCAAGAUUCAGGCGGCGGUGUUGGAAUCAUUAGCACAACCCCCCAACAAUGAUGGCGACGGCGACUCCGUCGUGGCGACAACCGAAGACAUUCCUGACAGCGGGAUCUCUGAACAGGUACCUGUCGAUGGAUUCUCUGAACGGCAGCCUGUCGAUGAACCCGGCGCUGACGCAAAUACAACCGUGCCGACUUACCCAACAACCACUGCGCCGCCUUUGCCGCCGUGUCCACCCACCACGAGCGCGUAUCAAGCCCAUCCUCCUGUUGAUGUCGCACAGCCCAUAUCGAACUGGAAUCACUGCUGGUUUGGACCGAUUCAGGAGAAUAUCAAAGUCUGGAAUAAUUACCACGGCACCGCAGCACCAGCGCCAUCAACCCCAGUCACCAUUGCCACCACCAGCCCAUCACAGGAUGCCGCUCUUCUUGGAACACCCCAGCAGAUCGGGACGUCUCAGCUGAUCGGCGCGCAUGCGCAGGCAAUCGCCCAUCAGCAGCAAUACGACCUUCAACAGCGAUAUUUCCAGCAGUUCGCGGCCACAACACCCUCUUACUUCUUGUCCAAUCAACCCUUGUCCAACUUUGUUGAUCCUAACCUCACACCAGCAGGAUUCUGGAACAGCGAGACUUCGACAGCGUUCCCUCAAGGUGUUCCCCAAGAUGGGCCCGGAUUCCCAGGAGGCGACUUUUCUCGGCAAUCGUUCGUUCCCGUCGUCGGUUUCGAAAAUGGGAGGCCGCAUCCUUGA